AUGGUCGAACCAAGUCGAACCAUGGCUGACGAUCCUUCCCACCGCCUCUGUUAUCAAAUAUCUUCCCAUUCCGUUUAUUCAGAAGUUUCUUCCGCUCAAACUUUUUGUGUGCUUUACCCACUCGACACUUCCGAUCGAAUAUUGAUCGUCUGUGACACCGGUCAUCGGCGCCGCCCUAGGCGGGAACCACCUCAUUCGGCUUCCGAUCUCCACCGCCGCCAGCUCUCUGAUCAGUCUUCUCUCUUACUCACUUCACCAUCUCUCCACCAAUUUUCACCACCAACAUCGUUCGAUUGA